GCUCCAGGUUUCUCCUACCUCCCACAAUGAUUGCUGACUUGAUCAUCCUUAGGUGUGAAAGUGUGUGUACACGGAUCUGAUCUGAGAUGAACUGACAUCCUAUCUAUGAUGUAGUCGCAUCUCUUGUCCAGUGUUCCCAGGAUAGCCAGUUGUUCCAAUGUAUAAACCAGAAGAAACCAGUUACUGAAUAUGAAUGAAUGAAUGAAUCAUAGUCAAGUAUGUAGCAUUAUAUUCCUUUCUUGGUGUGUUUUAUAUUUUCAAAUAUAUUCCUUCUUAUAAUAAAAGGUUUCACACUAAUAAAUCAAUAACACAUAAAUACAACUUUGAAAUUAGUUCAAAUUGAUCUUAACCACUAGGCUAUACUGCUACCACUGUCCCAAACUUUUCCAUAGUUCUAAUGAAUGAAGCAUAUUUGCUAAUAAACGCAUGAGUAAUUAAUUCCCUGGUGAUUAAUAAAGGUUGCACCCUGACCACCACAUGGGGGUCUAAAGUGGACAGGUUCCUCACAGGCUAUCCAGUGACACUUGUUAGCACUGGAGGCAACUGGCAGAGCUGUAAAAAGUCCAAAAAAGGUGGUGAAUGCAGGAGUACGCAUGCGCUAAGACCAACCUCCAGAGCUGGGAACGAUGUCAGAAAUACCUUCAGUCCAUCAUUGCCCUGCUCCGAGCCUGGAGAACAGCCGGAGAGACAACUGAGAAAUCAGUGGCGGAUUUAGGUGGACAUUAGGGAGGGAGGUUAAAAAAGCAAGGAAUGGAGCAUUGAGAAGGAAGUUUAACUGGAGUCUUAAAAAAAGGAAGAAAAGGGGGAUUUGGCCAAAAUGCGCGCGGAGUUUGAGCGGGUGGAUUACACGCCAGAAGCCCAUGUUGGUUUCGCUCUGUCUCUGGGGGAAGACAUUUGAGAAGAUCGUUUUGGAGGACGGACCCACCCACACACACACGCGCGCGCACACACACACACACACACACACACACACACACACACACACACACACACACACACACACACACACACACACACACAGCCUCGCUUCCGCAGUGCAGAAGUUUGCAGCUUUGCAAAGCUUGAUGCACAAUUUCCCAGAAUUUUUUUUAACACUGGAUCUUCCUUUGUUUAAUGCUUUAAUAAUAGUCACUAAUAAACACACCAGUUUGAAUAUGAUGCAGCCUUUCAUUCAAACUCGUGCAAACUUGCUGGAAGUCUCAUGACAGCUGUUUCGGACACAAUGGAUACUUGUGGAUGUCUUGAUAUGGAUUUACUGCCUGUGUGUUUACGGAUCUAGUCAUUUCUGGGCUCUCCGACAAAUGACCGACACGUUUGUAAAGUUCCUUCACACCGUCCUUACCCAUCCUUCAUCUAUUUGUCAAAUUAUUUACGCUUCCAUAAAGCCGUAACUGCGGCAGCAUGCAAACCGCGGGGUUCCCGAUGGCCCUUGCGGUGCUUUUGACCAUGUUAACGGUGAUGGACGUGAAGGCGAGCGGGGAGUACUGCCACGGCUGGCGGGAUCCACAGGGCGCUUGGCGGGACGGUUUCCAAUGUCCUGAGCGCUACGACGGCGCCGAGGCGAUUAUCUGCUGCGGCAAGUGCGAGCUGCGUUACUGCUGCUCCAGCAUCGAGGCCAGGCUCGACCAGGGCACCUGUGACAACGACAAGCGGGGCAGAGAAGAGCCGGGUGCGGGCCACGAGGAGGGCAAAAAUUCCGGUGCAGUGCCAAUCUAUGUGCCUUUCCUGAUCGUUGGGUCUGUCUUCGUGGCAUUCGUCUUGCUUGGCGCUGUGGUCGCCGUGUGCUGCUGUCGUUGCCUUCGACCCAAACAAGAACCUGCUUCUGGUGGUGGGCGUCUCCUGGAGUCCAUCCCCAUGAUGACCUCAAGGGGUUCCUCCUCCCGUCAAUCGAGCACAGCCACCUCGUCCAGCUCUUCAGCCCCACCCGCUGUCACUCGCCCUAUCCCUGGCCCUCCUCCCGCCUCCAUUUUGCGCACCCAGGCCUCGUGCUGCCUGCCGCCAGAUGCCAGUGUUUAUGUCAACAUGCCCACUAACUUUUCAGUGUUGAACUGCCAGCAGGCGACACAAAUCAUGCCCCAUCAGGGUCAGUUCCUGCAUCCUCAAUACGUUGGUUAUGCCCAUGCAGUCUCACCCACCCCGGCCUUCCUGGACCCUACGCAGGCCUACAGGCCUCUGCAGUCUCCAUUUCCUCCACCCACAAGUGUGACAAGCAUGACAAGUGUGACAAGCAUCAGCGCAGACCAGAAGCAGCCGGCCGUGACUAUAUGAGAGGCUCUUUGUAUAUGUGUGUCAUACGAUGAAGGAGUAAACGAAUAGUCAUUAGGACGCUGAAUCCCAGGUCAGUUCAGGGCGAGACACAGUGUUGUGCGUGUCAUGUGCGCUGCAGACAGUGUGUGCACUGUUUGUGUUGAGAGGAUAGCCAUCCAUUCACUCUAUCAGAACACAUCAUGGAGAAAGUGGAUCCUGUGCCAAUGCUGUCUCCUUAGGUGCCUGGCCCAUUUGCUAAAAAGUUUUUACUCCUAGAAUCUCUACCUAAGUUGGUAGCCCCCAUCAGAUGUGCCAAUAUAUGUUCACUUUCUUACAGUAAAGAUAUAAAUACUAGACCCCAAUUAGUAGGUGACUACUGAAGCCAUUAUUCCACAGUGCCUCCACCCCAGAGGAAAGUGCCCCAUCUACACCUGACUUGCCUUCAUUUUUUAAAAUGAUUUUUGUUUUCUAAAUAACUGAAGGUAUAUGAUGAUUAUUCCUAAUAUAAUGUAUUUUUUUUGGUUUGUAAAUUGAAAUAAUAAAAAAAACCCAAAGCUGUAA